CGUUAUAAAAUAAUAUCUUAAGAGAAUAUGAAAUAAAUAUUUCAUUUUCUUCCCUGAUUUGGUAGUUGAGCUGACUUGCUCUUGCCGUGUGCUCUCUUCCUGUGUAACGUGGAGUCAGUCUUUCUCCUUUUUCAGGAAAUGCCUUCAGACUUCAGUUAAAGCUGAGUCUUCUCUUGUAAGAUAAAUUCUUAUACUUCAUCAACAACAACAAAAUAAGAGAAUUUUUCAUUUUUUUGAGCUCAAAUAAGUUCAACUAUUUUAACUACAGUGCAGUUGGAGUGAGAUUGCAAUGAAUUGUUUUCCAUUCAACAUCUACUACGGAGAAAAGAAGGGUGAUGCUAAAGGCUUGCAAAUGCAAUCACUCUCGGGUCUAUCAAACAACUCUACUUAUGGCGGGAGCGACGUGAGAAGAACUGGUUCUGAAUUGAAUUCUCUGGAUGCUUCCGACAACAGCUCCGACUCCCUUAGGAGGAAUGCAUUUCCCAAUUUAUCCCAAAGACCCAGCAACCUGAGAGUAUUUACUGUAUCAGAACUGAAAUCAGCCACCAAAAAUUUUGGUCGCUCUGUUAUGCUUGGUGAGGGUGGAUUCGGUUGUGUCUACAAGGGUUUGAUCAAGAGUGUAGAUGAUCCUGCUAAAAAAAUUGAAAUUGCAGUUAAACAACUUGGUAAAAGAGGAAUUCAGGGGCAUAAGGAAUGGGUGACUGAAGUGAAUGUUCUUGGUAUUGUUGAGCAUCCCAAUCUUGUGAAACUAGUUGGCUAUUGUGCUGAUGAUGAUGAAAGAGGAAUCCAGCGGCUUUUGGUAUAUGAAUAUAUGCCCAACAGAAGCUUGGAACACCAUUUAUCCCCGCGAUCAGAAACUCCUCUUCCAUGGAGUAGGAGACUGAAAAUAGCCCAAGAUGCUGCUCGCGGCUUAACAUACCUCCACGAGGAAAUGGAUUUUCAGAUAAUUUUCAGAGAUUUCAAAUCUUCAAAUAUCCUUCUGGACGAGCAGUGGAAUGCAAAGCUGUCUGACUUUGGAUUAGCAAGAUUGGGACCGUCUGAUGGGUUAACUCAUGUCUCAACAGCGGUUGUAGGAACAAUGGGGUAUGCGGCUCCUGAAUAUAUUCAAACAGGACGUCUCACUUCAAAGAUUGAUGUAUGGAGCUAUGGUGUCUUCCUUUAUGAACUCAUUACCGGCAGGCGUCCUUUAGAUCGAAAUCGCCCAAAGGGUGAGCAGCAGCUGUUGGAAUGGAUAAGACCAUACCUUUCAGAUGUGAAGAAGUUUCAAAUAAUUUUGGAUCCAAGACUUGAGAGGAAACACCUCUUAAAGUCAGCCCAAAAACUUGCUAUAGUAGCUAACAGAUGCUUGGUUAGAAACCCAAAGAAUCGCCCUAAGAUGAGUGAAGUAUUAGAAAUGGUUGAUCGGAUUGUGGAGUCUUCGGUGAGUACUAAUCAACAACCACCCUUGAAUAGUGUAGCCUCAGCCGAUGAUUCUCAGGACACUGAAAUAAAUAACAAGAAGAGAAUCAUGGAUCCAAAACCAGAUUGUAAUUGGUUUAGGUUGUGGAGACCAAAACUUUUAAGAACAUGCUGAUUAUUGCAGAUUUAAAUGGAUCAAAGCUAUGAAAAUUGCAUGCAGAGUUUCUUUAUGACAAGAAUUAUCCAUCUAUAAUUACUAUCUUUGUAGUACAAACACUUCGUAUUGAAGACGUGUCCGGAGUCUGACACUUGUUGGUGUCUGACACUGACAUGACGCUGACACAUGUGGGGUUACAUUCAAUCACUUCCAUUUUCUCAAAUUCUUGCUGGUAUUGACGUGUCUGAUAUUUAUGUAUGUGUAGAUUACCAUCCUUGGACAUCACAAAGAGCUCAUGUUAAUGCUAUGAAGCCAUAAAAAAUGUCUGACCUCUUCAUCUCCCCUAACAGUGUAUAGAAAUUGCGUGUGGUUCUCGCAGAUGCGUGCUUCCAGCUUGUCAAGCUAUUUAAUGAAAAAUUUAAGGUAUGCAAUAUUCAAGUAGUUGAGGAACAAAUUGUGAAUAUCAAGGUAGCGGUUGGAUUUCUGCGAUAUGCUAGCUAAGUUGAUGAGCUUAAUGCAUCUGGUUGAGUUGUAAAUUCUAAAUUAUUCUAUUUACACACAUUGCAAUUUCAGUCAUUACAUAUAGAGAUCCCUAAUAUUUUGCGAGGUCUUGCAUCAAAUGUACAAAGAUUAUCGUGUUUUUAAUCAAUAUAUCAAAUUUUGUUGAUUUUCUA